CCCCCAACACUGUCCAAAAACUCUCAUACCUUUCUUGGUUGGACUAACCCAAUCGGCGAUUCCCAUCUUCCUGAAUUGAGAGAGCAAGAACAUGUCUCUUUUUUUGGGGGGAGCAGAGCAAUCAAAGAAUGAACCAAUCCUGAUUAUUCUGGAAUGACUACUCCUCACAAUUGCUCUAGUUUCAUUAAUUUUGGGAUGCGUCUCGUCUUGCUUGUGUCUGCUUUUCCUUCUUCUGGAUUAGCAUAUUCAUCAACUUUUCAAUCAUAGAAUUAGCACCUAGGGAAGAUCUCUACUUUCAAUCUAGAACCGAAAGUAGGAUGAUCUGGCCAUCUCUAAAAUGAAUGCUUCCAAUACAAAAACUUGAGGGCUAAUCUGUUGUUUUGAUUGUUGUUCUGCCUAGUUUAGGCCCUUAAAAGAGACGUCCUAGAUUUCAAUGAAUGAUUAGAUGUGAUUGAGUUUUAACUUUCUUUUCUCAAUAAAGACAUGGGGCAUCGAAUUGCUUAUAUAUAUUGCACAAUUAAUAUUUAAUUUUUUUUGUAUUACAAAGUAUGUUUAGGUACAAAAUAAUUCUUAGUUUACUAAUAUUUGAUGAGAAGUUGAAUUAGGCCGAAGCAUUACUGGCUUUCAAGCAGAGCUCUGUCAAGGUUGAUCCCAAUGGCUUCUUGAACCACUGAGACCACUCUGGUUCUUCACAUUCAUGCCCCUGGCAAUGUGUCACCUGCUCUUUUAAUCCGGUAAUGGUGGUCUAGUUGAUCGCUUACAGAUGGAUGAUCUCACGAACAUGAAAAAAUCUUCGGCAGCCCAACAGAUACCUCACAACUGAGAUUCAGCAUGGGUUUGGAGGCUAACAGGUUGGUUUCAAUGGCCUCAAAGCAACAGAGUCUGAAUAUUCAAGCACAAGCAUUACUAGCUUUCAAGAACAGCUCUGUUAAGGUUGAUCCCAAUGGCUUAUUGAACAGCUGGGACUAUUCCGUUUCUUCAAAUCCAUGCUCCUGGAAAGGUGUCAUCUGCUCUUUUAAUGCCCAUGUUACAGAUCUCAAUUUCAGAAACGGCGGUCUAAUCGGUCAAUUACAGAUGAGUGAUCUCUUGAACAUUGAAAAUCUCCGGCAUGUUGACUUACAUGGGAACUAUUUCUCAGGGGAUCUAUAUUUCAACAAUACAGUUUCUUCUUCUCCCUGUGUACUUGAGGCGCUCGAUUUGUCAUUCAAUAACCUGUCAGAAAGCAUCUCUGAUGGAGUGCUAGUGGCUUGCGAUCGGUUAACUUCUCUGAAUCUUUCCCACAAUUUGAUUCCUGGGGCGAGUCUGAAAUUUGGCGCUUCACUGCUGGAGCUUGAUCUCUCUAGCAAUCUGAUUUCAGAUUUUUCGACCUUGAAUUACUCGAUUAUGAAUUGCCAAAACUUGAAUCUGCUCAAUUUCUCUGGCAACAGACUAACUGGGAGACUUGGCAGCCUCUCCUCUUGCAAGAAUCUUUCAGUUCUUGACCUCUCUUACAAUGCAUUAUCUGGGGUUCUCCCAACAGGUCUUAUAGCUGAUUCUCUCAAGUUUCUUGAUCUCUCUAACAACAACAUUUCGGGUAAUUUUUCUGAGCUUGAAUUCAGGAAUUGUUCUAGUUUAAGUCUCCUUAACCUGACUCAAAAUUCGUUAUAUGGGAAAGGCACUGCAUUUCCUGGAAGCUUAAGAAAUUGCCAGCUUCUUGAGAGGCUUGACCUAUCCAACAAUAACCUCCAAGGCAAUAUAUCAGGGAGUGUCUUAGGUGAGUUAAGGAAUUUGAGACAUCUGUCUUUAGCCCAGAAUCAGUUUUUCGGUGCAAUCCCACUGGGAUUGGGUUCCAUUUGUGAUACAUUAGAAGAACUCGAUCUUUCUGGAAAUAGACUUUCUGGUGGGUUACCUCUGACAUUUGUAUCAUGCUCCUCUUUGCAAAGCAUCAACCUCGGAAACAAUCAACUCUCUGGGGACUUCCUUCAAACAGUUAUCAGUACCCUCCCAAACCUGAAAACCCUUAAUAUCCCAUUCAAUAACAUCAGUGGUUCUGUGCCUCUAUCUCUUACCAACUGUUCACAGCUUGAAGUGCUAGACCUUAGCUCCAAUGCCUUGGUGGGAAAUAUCCCGUCUGGUUUCUGCUCGUCGCCAUUAUCUUCAUCUCUGCAGAACAUUCUACUGGCAGGAAAUUUUUUGUCAGGGACCUUGCCUUCAGAACUUGGAAAAUGUAAGAACCUGAGAACAAUUGAUUUUAGUUUGAACAACAUAAGUGGAACAAUUCCAUCAGAAAUUUGGACCUUACCCAAUCUUUCCAACUUGAUCAUGUGGGGAAACAAUAUAAGUGGCAAAAUCCCAGAAGACAUUUGUACCAGUGGUGGAGAUUUAGAGACACUGAUUCUCAACAACAAUUCCAUUGAAGGAACCAUUCCUUCUGCACUUACCAACUGUACAGAACUCAAGUGGGUGGCCCUCUCCCACAAUCGGCUCACUGGAAAAAUCCCUGCCGGAAUUGGGAAUCUCCAAAAUCUUGUAAUUCUUCAAUUGGAUGACAACUUGCUUACUGGCGAGAUUCCACCCAGGCUCGGGGAGUGUGGAAGCCUAGUAUGGCUUGAUUUAAACAGCAAUAGUCUUACAGGUUCCAUUCCAACCGUGCUCGCCAAACAAGCUGGUUUUAUCUCUCCCAGACCCUUAAAUGUGAAGUACGUGUUUGUGACAAAUGAGGACAGAAAAACUUGUAGAGGUGCGGGAGAGCUACUUGAAUUUAAUGGGAUCAGGGCAGGUAGGCUGGCAAGAAUUAUUGCUGACACUUGCACUGAUUCAAGAAUGUAUCCUGGUAUGAAAAUCUACUCAUUCUCAAGCAAUGGGAGCAUGAUCUUCCUCGAUUUGUCUCAGAAUUUCUUAUCCGGUUCUAUUCCCACUAGUCUUGGCUCACUGUCCUACUUGCAAGUCUUGAACUUGAGACAAAACGAGUUAAGUGGAAACAUUCCAUAUAGUUUAGGUGGCCUGAAGGUAAUUGAAAUUCUAGAUUUGUCAGAUAAUCAGCUAGAAGGAAACAUCCCCGGGUCACUUGGGAUACUGUCUUUCCUCGUUGAUUUGGAUCUGUCGAACAAUAACCUCUCCGGACUUAUUCCAGUGAGUGGUCAGCUGAGCACAUUCCGUCCAUCAAGGUAUCUUAACAAUUCAGGUCUUUGUGGGCUACCCUUGCCCCCUUGUGGCUCUGAGACUCUAUUUGGCUCAACAGGUGAUUCCAAAUCUGACUCGGAGAACUCUUCCAACCCAAGUAAAUUUGACCGGUUUUGGGUGGCUUUGGUGCUAGGAUAUGGUUCUGGAGGCAUCGUUGGCGUGGUUAUCGGGAACUGGAUAUUCCAGUUGAAGUAUGACUUGUUUGUGAAGACCUUUAUAGGGGGCAGACCUCAAAGAAGGAAGAGAUUUAAACGAUUCAAACGCAACUGAUGCUGAAGGAGAUGAGAAAGAAUUAGUCAUGUCAAUAAACAUUUUCGCAGACAAUACCAGUGGAUCUGUCUACCUUCGUUGUAUUAUAGGAAAAUCUUAACAGAUCAAGGGUCAAUUUCAUGUAAGAUGUUGUGGACUCAGCAGCAGGUAUGUUUUCACCAUUAUCCAUUGUUAUUAUAUCUAACAUCUAUCCCACCUGUAAGAUUGUCUUUUGUAUUGAAACAUGUAGGCAGCAUAUGUGAUUUUGCAGUUUUGUCAAUCUGGUACUUAGUAUUAAAAAGUUCUAAUCUGAUUAACUCCUCCC